UUCCCUUUGUAAUGUUAAAUAUUUCCCAUUUUGCUUGCUUGACACGAUAACAUGUACUGUUGUUGAAAUCCCACAAUUUAUCGUGGUAUUUCUGACAAAAGUUUAUUUUUUUUAUAGAGAUGAAAAUCGUAGAUCAGAGACUGCCUGAGGACCCUGAACGCAGUGUGUUUAUCGGAGGCGACUUUACUCAAACUGCGUGGCUUCCCUUGGGCCUUCCCCGGGACAAAGCCUCGGGUUUCGGGAGGCCACUACAGAUAGAGGACCCCACUCCCCGGUGUCGAUGACCCAGUGGGCCCUACCUUUCGGGGCUCUUGGUUCUCCUGGAGCCGGGACUGGAGCCUGUCCACUGUUUCGAGCAGGUCCUCCGCCAUGUUUACUGAUGGUACUUUGACUCUACCGGAAGCUGCUUCAUUCCGAGCGAUGCCAAGUUCCGCGAAUCCAAAAAUUCCUAAAAACAUCAUACAUUCAUCACCGAUAAAACAAAGCACAGCGCCGGACUUGGAGGAUCGAGGGACUAAGACAAGGAAACUUUGAAGACUACUUUGAAUAGUAACAAAACUCAGACGGACAAGGAAGGAAGGAACAGUUGGAUUCUGAAUGCAAGAAAAGUGGUGCUUUGUGCUGUGCUGUGAAGAAACCACCACCAUCUAAACUGCAUUUUACUCAAGAAUAAACCCACACAAAAGAAGACAACAACGUGUGAGAAACGUAGCACUUACAUUAUCAUCUACAACUUCCAUUAAAUCCAAUUCAAGAUGGCCCCUAAGAAAAAGGCCUCUCGUCAGAAGAAGCCAGUGCUGGAAGCUGAGUCUCCUGCCCCUCCCCUGGAAACAGUUACUCCGCUGAAGGUGGAGAGCCAUGGAGAUGGGGUGGUGGUUGUGGAGAGUGGGGUAAAGAAGAUCGAGCAGAUGGCAGCGCUGGAUAUUGCCCAGCUGAACAGCCUGAACCUGCCCCUGCCUCCGCCCGUCAUCAAGCCCGGAGAGAGAGGCCUGGGGCUGGGCAGCGAGCUCACACGUCCCCUGCACGGCUCUGCUCUGCUGGAGGAGCUCAGCAAAAUGAGACAGGAGAAGUUCCUGACUGACCUGGAGCUGGCCUGUAAAACCAAAGCCUUUGAUGUUCACAAACUGGUGAUCUCCUAUCAGUACUUCAGGGAGAUCCUUGCCAAAGAUCCGAACAUGAAGAGACUCGAGCUGCCCUCUCUCUCUCCUCUCGGUUUGGCCAAUGUCAUCACUUUUGCCUAUCUGGGUCGCGUGCACAUGUCACUGUACACCAUUGGCUGCACCGUCUCCGCCGCUGCAACGCUCCAGAUUCCGCAGCUGUUGAAGAUGUGCAUGGACUUCCUCUUGGCGGAGCUGAACGUGCAGACGUGCGUUUACAUCUGGAACAUCGCCGCUGCCUACGGACUGAGAGCCGUGUGCGACGCCGCUCGCAAAUUUGUGCUGGAAAACUUUGUGCAGUUUUCUGAGACGCCGCUCUUCACCCAACUCACCCUGGAGCAGAUCACUGCUUUUAUUCAAGACGAUCACCUGGUCCUGCCCUCUGAGGUUACUGCAUUUCAGCUGGUGAUGAAGUGGCUGGACUUUGACUCUUCUCGUCAGCCCCACGCUGCGGAGCUUCUGUCUCACGUGCGCUUUGAGACCAUCCCAGCCUCGGAGCUGGUCAGUCAGAUCCAGCCCGUACCCAGGAUGAUGCUGGACCCUCAGUGUCACCGCCUCCUGGUCGACGCCAUGAACUACCACCUGCUCCCAUAUCAACAGAACACACUGCAGUCGCGCCGCACCCAGGCCCGUGGCAGCCAGCCCACCCUGCUCACUAUCGGUGGGCGCCCUUCUCUCACUGAGCGUGCUCUCAGCAGAGAGGUUCUGUGGCGCGACCCUCGUGACGGGACGGCGAGCUGGAGGCACCUGACGCAGCUGCCGGCAAAGAGCUUUAACCAGUGCGUGGCGGUGAUGGACGGGUUCCUGUAUGUGGCCGGAGGAGAAGACCAGAACGACGCUCGUAAUCAGGCCAAGCACGCCGUCAGUACCCUGAGCAGAUAUGACCCUCGCUUCAACACCUGGCUGCACCUGGCCAGCAUGCGUCAGCGCCGUACGCACUUCUCCCUGGCUGCCUCUGGGGGGCGCCUGUUUGCCAUCGGUGGCCGUAAUGUGGAGGGUCUCCUGGCCACGACUGAGAGCUACGUGCCCUCCACAAACACCUGGCAGAUGAAGACCCCCAUGGAGGUCCCCCGCUGUUGCCACGCCAGCUCCACCCUGCCCUCUGGAGACAUCCUGGUGACUGGAGGCUACAUCAACUGUGCCUAUUCCCGCUCUGUGGCCUGUUACAAGGUUGACACUGACACCUGGGUGGAGAGGGCCCCAAUGGAGACGCCCAGAGGCUGGCACUGCUCCGCCACGCUGGGAGGAAAGGUGUACGUGGUCGGGGGAAGCCAGCUGGGGCCUGGAGGGGAGAGGGUGGAUGUUCUGUCUGUGGAGGUCUUCUCUCCUGAAAGUGGCAGCUGGAGCAGAGCCGCCCCAUUGCCCCUGGGUGUCAGCACUGCAGGCCUGUCUGCUCUGUCUGAAAAGCUGUUCCUGUUGGGAGGCUGGAACGAGGCGGAGAAGCGUUACAAAGCAGCGGUGCAGAGGUACGACCCGGGCACAGACAGCUGGUCCAUGAGUGAAGACCUGCCCGAGGCCACUGUGGGCGUGUCCUGCUGUACCCUGAGUCUGCCCCCACGAAAUACCCCCAGAAAUGCCCCUCGCCGCCAACACCGCAACAACCCGGGGCACGAGACCCAAGAACCCAAGAACCGGAGCAGAGAAAGCAGCCAGACCCCCGCCCUGAUCAACACAGCAUAGAGAGGAAGAGAUGAAGGAAAUAGACUUUACAGAUGAGAUGGGAUCUGGAGAACAAGGCCACUAUCAGUUUAAUCUUAUGUCAAUAUCUGUGCAUCUGUGUUUCUUUAAAUUACACGGAUUUGGAAUAUUAUUGUUACUUUAAUUUAAUUAUUUAUUUUAUUAUUUAUUUAAAGGUGCAGUAACUUUUGGUGGAGGGUCUGCCACCUGCUCGUCUCCAUGGAGAUUUUAUUGUUUUGUCUAGAAUGACCCGGUAUGGCAUUAAACAUAUCCAUCUUGCAACUACUCAAUAACAUGGGUUUUAUUGACCUCAGUAGAGAUAAAUAAGUAAGUGUAAUGCCAUAUGGUGGACAUUCCUGGCAAUACCUCCAUAGAGAAAAGCAGGUGAUGGACCCUCCACCAGAAAAGUUACCCAUUGCGCCUUUAAUCCAGGCUAGAUGUUCAGUGAUUGCAAACUAUAAAGCCAAAAAAGUAAAGUAAAAGUCCUUUUCCACUUUAAUGUUAAAUUCUAGUCUAUAAAAUACUGUAAAUGGCUGCAUCUAUUACAUUAAAUAUAGGAUUUUUUGUAAAAUCUUGCAGCCCUUUGACCCAAUUUAAAUACAGAAGAAAAUGUCAUCUAUUCUAAACAUUUAGAAAACACAAAUGUAAUGUACGUAAAUAAAAUAAUCAUUUCAAUGCAGUAGUUGUUAUAAUUAUGAGGUAUGUAAUUAAUUAUGUAAUCGUUAAGUAUUUAUUUACACCAGCAACGAUGCAUACAGUAUAAUACAUAACGCAGUAUAUGUUCAUAAAAUUUUAAAUAAGCUUGCAUUUCACAGUUUAUGAAAGAAAUUUUGGAUUUCUGUUACCGGGCAACAAGUGUUUCCAUGGUGACUUUUUUUUUUUUUUUUUUUUUUUUACAUUUAUUUUAAUAUUUCUAUGGUAAUACUUCAGCUUCUAGACAGUAUAGUGUUUCCAUGGAGACUAAAAUCCACCGUCAAUGUUGCCUACUACAUUUGAAAAUACUGUAGAUAUGUUUAUGCUUCCAAGUAUAAAAUAAAAGCAGAUUAAAAGUAAAAUACGAUAUAAAACGUAUUUUGUAGUGAAAGAGACCCUCGAUGUGGUCCAAGAGUUCUCAGAGAGCUUAAGUUUGAAAAUAUUUUUAUGAGAUGGUUAUGGGACGCAUAUGUCAUUAAAUUGGAUUCUGAGCUGUGAUUGAGGGCCAUAGUGGAAAAUAAAGAUGGGAACAGUGGUUUUCUAUGUCUGAAGCAGGUUUGAAUUUAGCAUAUGACUGUGAAUCUAGUUUGUAUUAAAAAUGUAAGUACUGAAUAAAUGGCAAUUAUGUCUGUCAAAAUAAAAUGAGCCAUCUACACUUAACAAAAACUGCAAUAGAAAAACCCAAGGGUCUUGACUGUUUUCCAGAUUACAAGCCAUACAAAUGCAGUAUUGUUUAUUACUAUUAGGUCUUUGUGUAGUUGAAAAAAAAAAAAAAAAAAAAAAAAAGGUAGUUGUACAAUCCUGUUUUGUAAGUGCAAUGGAGAGAAUUAAUGGAGGAUAAAAUGUGAAAGACAAAAUUAAAUACACUAAAAUGGCAACAAAAUUAUAAAAUUCUAAGACUAUGAAGUGACAAAUGUUUCAGAAAAAAUAUUGGGAAAGUAAAACUUUAAUGAGGCAUAAAAGUGAUCGAAGUGUACAAUAAUUGAAAAAAUCCAGUUUGGUAAAUGUGGAUUUGUAAACUGAACAAGUAAAAUGUGCAGGUGGUUUUAAUUUGGAAAUAAAGCCAAUUUGAUCAUACAAUA